CUGGCCAUGCGCUGAAGGCCCCUCCCACUCAGUGCUUAGCUGUUGCUUCUGGCAACAGGCACUUCCGCGAGCGUCCGUCGUUUUUUUUGUACCGGGUGGGCGCGUGCACCCGCGUUCCGGUGGUUCGGGCCCCGAGCAGCCGUUAGUGGGCCGCUGCUGUUCCUGUCCCGCCGUCCCUCAGGCCUGUAGGCCUCGCGUCUCCGUGCUAGUCGCCCUGCCGCCCCGAAGGUCACCAUGGUGGUACUGCACGUGAAGCGAGGUGACCAGAGCCAGUUUCUGCUGCAGGCGCCAGGGAGCAUCGGGCUGGAGGAGCUCACGGCGCAGGUGAUCCGUGUCUACAACGGGCGGCUCAAGGUGCAGCGCCUGUCUGCAGAAAUGGAAGAGCUAGCAGAACACGGCAUAUUUCUCCCUCCUAACAUGCAAGGACUAACUGAUGAACAGAUUGAAGAACUGAAAUUAAAGGAUGAAUGGGGAGAAAAAUGUAUACCCAGCGGGGGUUCGGCUUUUAAAAAAGAUGACAUUGGACGAAGGAAUGGGCAAGCUCCAAAUGAAAAGAUGAAGCAGGUUUUAAAGAAGACAAUAGAAGAAGCCAAAGCAAUAAUAUCUAAGAAACAAGUGGAAGCUGGUGUCUGUGUUACCAUGGAGAUGGUAGAAGAUGCCUUGGACCUGCUUCGAGGUGCAGUGAUGAUUGUCUAUCCCAUGGGGCUGCCACCAUACGAUCCCAUCCAGAUGGAAUUUGAAAAUAAAGAAGAUCUGUCAGGAACUCAGGCAGCACUUGAUGUCAUUAAAGAAUCAGAGGCACAGCUAUGGUGGGCAGCCAAAGAACUAAGAAGAACAAAGAUGCUUUCCGACUAUGUGGGGAGGAAUGAGAAAACCAAGAUCAUCAUCAAGAUCCAGCAAAGGGGACAGGGAGCACCAGCCCGAGAGCCGAUUAUUAGCAGCGAGGAGCAGAAGCAGCUGAUGCUGUUUUACCACAGAAGACAGGAGGAGCUCAAGAAACUGGAAGAAAAUGAUGACGACUCCUGUUUAAAUUCUCCAUGGGCUGAUAACACUGCUUUGAAAAGACAUUUUCACGGGGUCAAAGACAUAAAGUGGAGACCGUGAAGCUCCCCGACUGCCAAAGCUGUCAGAACCAUCUUUCUAAUGGCAAAAUAAUUAUAAUACUAUAAAGACUUCGCCACCUGCUAUCAGA